ACAGGUGACGUGUUUAAAACUGUCUAAUCAAAUGUCUUCUGAAAUCCUCUACUCAAAACAAAAGUGUAUUGUGUGACGUGUAUCGAUGAAAGUGAAUCAAAUUUAAAUAAAAAAUCUUCCAACAAAACAAAAAGUUUUCUCCACAAAAUUAUCGUUUCAAAAUGGCUUUAAUGACCAUGGUUGCACGAGUGGUGGAUGGGCUACCACUCGUCGGAACUAUGCAGGACGACGAACAGUCCGGCAAGAGUGUUCUCGAAUAUCAAAAUCAAGCGAAGAUGCUGUUUAGGAAAUUAGGCCCACAAUCGCCAAAUCGAUGUUCCAUCGAAACAGGACCAUAUUUAUUCCACUAUUUAAUCGAAAACGAAGUAUGUUAUCUGGUUAUGUGCGACAAAUUGUACUCGAAGCGGUUAGCCUUUAAUUAUCUGGAAGACAUUGCACAAGAAUUUCACAAGAAUUAUGGCAGAAAAGUGAAUUCAGUGACUCGACCGUAUGCAUUCAUUGAAUUCGACGUUUACAUCCAGAAGGCGAAAAAGCAGUUAACCGAUCGACGAAGAAAUAUAAAUGCGAUAAACAAUCAGUUACAAGAUGUUCAGCGGAUAAUGGUUCAAAAUAUCGAUGAUGUUCUACAACGAGGAACAGUACUUUCCGAACUGGACACAAAAACACAGAAUUUGUCGAUGCUGUCGCAGAAAUACAAAAAAGAUGCAACGUAUUUGAAUCAGAAAUCAAUGUAUGUAAAGGCCGCCGCCGCUGGCAUUGUUGUUUUCGUAUUCAUUUUGUAUUUUUGGAUUCUUUAAUACGCGCUCGGCCAGUUGGCUGGUGUGUUGUAAUUGUUGUUGAAUUAAUAUUAUUAUGAAAUAUGAUCUUUGAUUGGUUAAUUGAAUUUCAAUAAAACUGAAAAUGGAUUCAGUAUUGCGUAUCGGUUAAUUUUGUGAUUAUUUUUUUCCAAUUGAAAUUAAAGGAACAGAGAAAUUAUUGAGAAA